GCCCCAGUCAAUUUUGUAUAUACAGAGAUGGGUCAUCCUGUUACUGCAAACGAAGUCAAGAACUAUGAAGCAGAUGAUAUCAGUCAAUAUGAAUCAGAGCAACAAAUGGAGAAAUCUCCAUCAACUUACACGGUUGGAUGCCCUCCAAGAAAGAAGUUCCUUAAAGAAUUCGCUGAUGGAUUAAAGGAAACAUUCUUCGCUGAUGAUCCCUUGAAGCCUUAUAAGGACCAACCUAAAUCAAAGAAGUUCAUGCUUGGGUUGCAGUUUUUGUUUCCAAUCUUUGAAUGGGGAAGAAAUUAUAAUUUGAUUAAACUUAAAGGAGAUGUCAUUGCUGGUUUAACCAUUGCAAGCCUCUGCAUACCUCAAGAUAUUGGGUAUGCAAAGCUUGCAAAUCUAGAACCACAGCAUGGUCUUUAUUCUAGCUUUGUUCCACCACUUAUUUAUGCAUUCAUGGGAAGUUCAAAAGACAUUGCUAUUGGACCUGUAGCAGUAGUUUCUCUUUUGUUAGGGUCCCUUCUUCAAGAUGAGCUUGAUCCCAUAAAUAACAAAGAGGAAUACCUAAGGCUUGCAUUCACAGCUACCUUCUUUGCUGGUAUUACUCAAGCAUUGCUAGGAUUUUUAAGACUAGGAUUUCUUAUAGACUUCCUUUCACACGCUGCAAUAGUUGGAUUUAUGGCUGGGGCAGCCAUUACUAUUGGCCUUCAGCAACUCAAAGGUUUCCUUGGCAUAGAGAAAUUUACAAAGCAAACAGACAUCAUUUCUGUAAUGAAAUCGGUUUUUCAUCCAUUUCCUCACGGGUGGAACUGGCCAACAAUUCUCAUUGGAACGAUAUUCUUGGUAUUCCUUCUUGUUGCUAAAUAUAUGGGAAAGAAGAACAGAAAGUUAUUUUGGCUGCCAGCAAUUGCGCCGCUUAUCUCUGUUGUUUUAGCGACGUUUUUUGUCUAUAUUUUUCAUGCUGAAAGAUACGGAGUACAAAUAGUGAAACACAUAAAAAAGGGAAUCAAUCCCUCCUCUUUGGAGCUAAUAUAUUUUUCGGGACCCUUUCUAGGGAAAGGAGUCAAAAUUGGCAUCAUUGCUGGCAUGAUUGCACUAACGGAAGCUGUGGCGAUUGGAAGAACAUUUGCAUCCAUGAAGGACUAUCAGUUGGAUGGAAACAAAGAGAUGGUUGCUCUUGGGACAAUGAAUGUGGUUGGCUCGAUGACUUCAUGCUAUGUUGCAACAGGAUCAUUUUCAAGAUCAGCUGUCAAUUACAUGUCUGGUUGCCAAACUCCAGUGUCCAACUUGGUUAUGUCUGUUGUGGUGUUCUUCACUUUAUUGCUUAUCACACCAUUAUUUAAGUAUACUCCGAACGCUAUUCUAUCAUCGAUCAUCAUCUCUGCUGUAAUUGGUCUGAUUGACUACGAAGCAGCUUUUCUCAUCUGGAAGGUUGAUAAAUUUGAUUUCAUUGCUUGCAUGGGAGCAUUUCUUGGUGUGAUAUUUGCUUCAGUUGAGAUUGGUCUCUUGAUUGCUGUUUUCAUAUCAUUUGCUAAGAUUCUUCUACAAGUGACAAGACCAAGAACAACUAUACUGGGGAAUCUUCCUCGAACUACAAUCUACAGGAACAUUGAACAAUAUCCUGAUGCCAACAGAGUUCCAGGAGUCCUAGUUGUGAGAGUUGAUUCAGCUAUAUACUUU